CGCGGCACGGACGGCGGGCCAUAAAUUCAAAAUAAUGUAUCGUUAAUAUUAUUUUAUUUUAUUAUAUCAUCUUAAUUAUUCUUAGUUCAUGUGCGCGGUCCAUCACGAUUCUGUGGUUAUAAUCGUCAUUAGAUCUUUUGUGUGUUAUGAUCUAAGGUCAUUCGUCUUAUCGUUUCGAUAUCUUAUCAAAUCAGUCGUCAAUCGUCCACUAGUCGUUCGUGAAUAUUUUAACUGUUAAAACUUUAACCAACUUUAUAUUGCUAUAAUUCUCGCUUAACGUGCAAAAUAUAAUAUACAUAUAUUUAAUUAUUACUAAUAUAUUGAUUAUCGUGACGGCAUCUUAAUAAUUAACAUAAUAUAUACCCAACUUUUGUCAAGAUUCCAUAAGAUUUAAAAUCGUUGAUUUCUUUUGACUGAUAAAUAACAUUGGGUUCGUUGUAACCGAACUCGACCACCGGAAUUAUAAAUGUGUAGAUUGGUCUUGUAUUCAACACCAAUCGAAGGACUCAAUGAGUGAAAUACACAGACUAUUUCUAAGUAUGUGUGUAGUCAAACAUUGUAUUUACAGAUGCUCAUGGAUCAACAAUCAAAUUCGUAUUUUUAUCAAGGCCUGUUAAGUUGUCCCGCCCACUCGUACGAGUAGAUAUCAAGAACAAUCCUAUGCCAUUUUUUUAUUACAAAAAUUUGCAACAUAGUUUGGUUAUAUGGAAAUGCUAUCAAAUGGAUAUAGAUGUAUCAAAAAAUGUUCCAAUGCAUUAAAGCAAUCCUUAUUUGAUUGGAUCCUUCAUAAAUUUAACAAUUUAUUGACCAGAACCAUGAGUGACAUCCCAACAGCAUCUACAUCGACAGCAUCAACAUCUUCAGCUUCUACUUCACAAAUCAUGCCCUAUACUUUCGACAAUUCAUGUUCAAUGCGAGAUUUAGAUUAUACAACUACUGAAGAAUCAGAAAUUUCGUCCGAUGAAGAAUCUGAAAUAAUUGAUGAUGAAUCAAGCUAUUCAAAUGAUGUUAUUUGCAAGUUGGAACCAAUAAUUGACGAUAACAUGGACGAUACAUCAUGGUCAUCUACAGUAUCAUCCAAUACAUCAUUUGAUGAUAAAUCAAGUUCUGAAAAUUCUGAAACGGAAACAAUUUUAAAGGAGUUAAUUAGAGAGAGCUGGUCUCUUGAUAAAUCAACUACUAAUCAAGAAAACGCAGAGAGUUUAAUAUCACCAAUACUCAUACUAGUCCAGCAACCAUGUGAAACUGAAGGCCAGAUGAAUGAAAUUGGAAUCGACCUUAUUAACGUCGAAGAACACGCAAAACGACUUAAAGAAUUAGAAAAAGAAAUUGAUUUUAUAGAAUCAACAGAAUGGAUGUAUCGUCCAAUAGAUUCAUCUAUUAGAUAAUAUUAAUUCAUUUAACAAUCAAAUUUGUUAUACAUACGCACAUUCUUCUAUUAAAAGACAAAAUUGUUGUAUACAAAUUUUAAAUCUAAAAAAAUAUAAACAUAAAUGUAAUGAAUUUUUAGAUAAUAUUGUGAAUACUUUAAAUUAAUUAUUGAUUUAAUAGAAUAUGUUUAUGUUUUAAUGUUAAGAUUAAUACAAUUUUUUAUACAUUUUUAUGAAUAUUUUUGUAAAUUAUACUAAUAUUUACAUA